UUGGCCGGGCGCCCGCGGCAGGCGGGUUAGGCUGCCCGGGCGCGGUGAAACGGCCCUUUUUUCCCUCUCGGGUUGCUCCUCCAGAAGGUUCCGCGCCAGGUUCCUGCUCGCCUCGCCGCGAAGAUGAUGGGCCCGCGACCCGUCCUCGUGCUCAGUCAGAACACCAAGCGUGAAUCUGGAAAGAAAGUCCAGGCUGGAAACAUAAAUGCUGCUAAGACCAUUGCUGAUAUCAUCAGAACAUGUUUAGGACCAAGGGCCAUGAUGAAGAUGCUGUUGGAUCCAAUGGGUGGGAUCGUGGUGACCAACGACGGGAAUGCUAUUCUUAGAGAAAUUCAAGUCCAGCAUCCAGCAGCCAAGACCAUGAUUGAGAUCAGUCGCACUCAGGAUGAAGAAGUGGGCGAUGGUACUACAUCUGUGAUUAUUCUUGCUGGAGAGAUGCUGGCGGUCGCAGAGCACUUCCUCGAGCAGCAGAUGCACCCGACGGUGAUCAUCAGCGCGUACCGGAAGGCGCUGGACGACAUGAUCAGCGCCCUGAAAAAGAUCAGCACACCCGUCGAUGUCGGCAACCGCGAAGCCAUGCUCAAAAUCAUCUACAGCGCCAUCAACACCAAGGCGAUCAGCCGCUGGUCCGACCUGGCCUGCAAGAUCGCCCUUGAUGCCGUCCGGACGGUAGAGUUGGAGGAGAAUGGCAGGAAGGAAAUUGACAUCAAGAAAUACGCCAAAGUCGAAAAGAUUCCCGGCGGCAUGAUUGAGGAGUCCUGUGUCCUCCGUGGGGUCAUGAUCAACAAGGACAUCACCCACUCCCGGAUGCGUCGCACCAUCAAGAACCCUCGCAUCGUCCUGCUGGACUGCUCGCUGGAGUACAAGAAAGGCGAGAGCCAGACCGACAUUGAAAUCACCCACGAGGAGGACUUUGCUCGCAUCCUGCAGAUGGAGGAGGAGUUCAUUCAGCAGAUGUGCGAGCACCUGAUCAGAGUCAAGCCGGACCUCAUCAUCACAGAGAAAGGAAUCUCAGACCUGGCCCAGCAUUUCCUGAUGAGAGCCAACAUCAGUGCGAUCCGCCGGGUGAGGAAAACGGACAACAACCGCAUUGCAAGGGCCUGUGGGGCACGCAUCGUCAGCCGCACGGACGAGUUGCGCCCGGAGGAUGUUGGGACCGGGGCCAGGCUCUUUGAAGUGAAGAAGAUCGGGGACGAGUACUUCAGCUUCAUCACCGACUGCAAGGAGCCCAAGGCCUGCACCAUCAUGCUCCGAGGCGCCAGCAAAGAGAUUCUCGCAGAGGUGGAGCGCAACCUCCACGAUGCCAUGCAGGUCUGUCGCAAUGUCUUGAUUGACCCCCAGCUGGUGCCGGGAGGCGGGGCUUCCGAGAUGGCUGUGGCUCACUCCUUGACGGAAAAAUCCAAGGUCAUGACCGGAGUGGAGCAGUGGCCCUACCGGGCGGUGGCCCAGGCUCUGGAAGUCAUCCCCAGGACCCUCAUUCAGAACUGUGGUGCCAGUACCAUCCGGGUACUCACCUCGCUGCGGGCCAAGCACACCCAGGAAGGCAGUCAGACCUGGGGAGUGAACGGGGAGACGGGCGCCUUGGUGGACAUGAAGGAGCUGGGGAUAUGGGAGCCGCUGUCGGUCAAACUGCAGACCUACAAGACCGCAAUGGAGACUGCUGUCCUCCUGCUGCGCAUCGAUGAUAUUGUUUCAGGACACAAGAAGAAAGGGGACGAUCAAAGCAAGCAGCCGGCUGCCCCAGCCACACCCCAAGAGUAACUCGGGGCGGGGUUGGGGAGCCCCUGAGGAAAGCCCCGCCCCUCGGCACGCAGGCCACAGAACGACACCCCGGAGGAAACGUGGGCUCCUGCUUUUCUUGACCACCCUGGGUUCGUGAGCGAUCCGAGUCCAAAUAAUAUUGGUUUGUUGGAAGCCGGCGGAGGAGAGGAGGAGGAAGGGCCGCUGGUGCGUUAGUCCCACCCUUUGAUUCAGGAGACACUGACGCUUUAUUUAAGUGUAUACUGUAGCUUCUUUGUGGCUUUGAUAAUAAAAACGUCACUUCACAUUCA